GUCAGUUAAUUCUAAACGGCCGUUACUGCUAACGGCUGGCUUCUAGUUAAAUUAGCGGCGUAUGCGACCAGUAUCUGUGGUCCAAGUGGCCGGGUCUGACCCACGGCGAGCGAUGACAAGGACAGCAAAGACAAGGGAACGAAAGACGCGAAUAGUAAAAGAGGCAUUUAGCAUAAUAGGAAGACAAUAGUACAAUGAAAACCGGCCGGGCGGGUCGGAGGUCAAUCCGCGUCCCGUCAUUUCCAAAAGUCCCCAAUAGACGUGCCAUGACUGGUCAAUGGGUCUAUUUCCGGGUGGAGCUCAACUCUGAUUCUGCGGGUGUGCGGCCUCCAGAAAGAUCGUCUUCUGACCAUCCCCAGGAAGUCAAUGCCCCUACAGUGUAUGGUUGCAGGUUUGCAGAGAAAAAGAAGACCGGUGGAUGGGAUGCACAAGGCGGCCAGGCAGACAAGACUGUGAGAGAAACAAGGAAUGCCACCCAACUAAGACUGCUCUACUCGGGGAAAUAG